UCUCCGCGGGGCUUGUGCAUGACCUGAUCUUCAAAUUCUCUUCACCCAGACACCACCACAAACGACAAGGCCUGAAUCUGACGCCCUCCUUUGAAAAUUCCAAGCCUUUGGCGGUGACAAGAUGGGUUUACUAGCGCUUGGAACAGCGCUGGAUUGGCCAGAAGCGAAGAAAAGGGCUGACCAGGUUCGCAAAUGGGGAAUUGAACAACUGCUUGCCAACUGGCGGAGAGCCAGAGGGAAGGAGCGGAAUGCUCUUCUUUGGGGCGACGAGGUUGAGUACCUCGUUGUAGCCCUCGAUGCUGAGGCCAAAAAGGCCCGCUUGUCUCUCGCUCAGGCCGAAAUCCUCAAGUCGCUUGCUCAGGACGAAGCAUCGUGGAAAGAGGGCAACUCGCCUUUCUCUCAGGAUAAAGAACAUGAUGGCGAGGAACCGCCUCAUUUCCACCCCGAGUUCGGACGAUUCAUGCUGGAGGCCACGCCGGGAAAACCUUGGGGCAUUGACUUCAAAGACCUCCUCAAGGUAGAGUCAAAUAUGAAGUGGAGGCGAGAGGUUGCCAAGGCUCACAUGGCACCGAAUGAACAUCCUAUUACUCUUACGACUUUCCCCCGCCUGGGAACAAAGGACGAUUAUAUCCAACCCUAUUUUGCGCCCUCAGGUCCUGCGCUUCGGUCGCAGUUCGUUCCUGAUGAAAUUGCUAACCCACACAUCCGAUUUCCGACACUGGCGGCUAAUAUAAGAUCGAGGCGGGGUCGCAAAAUCGAGUUGAAUGUGCCUAUCUACAGGGAUGAGAAUACACCUCAGCCUUUCAAGGAUCCAACAGUGAACUAUGACCUUCACGAUUGGCCCGAGGAUGACGAUGUCAGGAACGGUGCGGCCAAAGAUGAUCACGUUUAUAUGGACGCCAUGGCAUUCGGCAUGGGCAGCUGUUGUCUUCAAAUCACUUUCCAAGCGAAGAACAUGACAGAGGGAAGAAAGUUGUACGACCAACUGAGCCCGUUAGGUCCAAUCCUUCUAGCUCUAACCGCCGCCACUCCCAUCUACAAAGGAUUUCUUGUCGAUACUGAUGUGCGGUGGAACCAAAUCGGCGGAGCUGUUGAUGACCGAACCCGAGAGGAACUGGGUGAACUCCCCUUGAAAAAUGAUAGGUGGAGGAUCCCAAAGUCUCGAUACGCCUCAAAUUCGACCUACAUCUCCCAAGACCCUAGACUACGAAAGGAGUAUUUGGACCCUGACCUGAUCGUUGAUGAAGACAUUAAAAAGAUCCUGAUUGAUGGAGGCAUGGACAACCUUUUGGCGACGCACUUCGCACACCUGUUCAUUCGCGAUCCAUUGGUUAUUUUUUCGGAGGAUCUGGAGGAGCUGGACCUGAACAAGGCGGAUCACUUUGAAAACCUGCAGUCGACCAAUUGGCAGCACAUGCGCUUUAAGCCACCGCCGCCCGACAAGGAUGACAUCGGCUGGCGGGUCGAGUUCCGCUCCAUGGAGAUUCAAAUGACCGAUUUUGAAAACGCUGCCUUCAGCAUCUUCAUCGUGCUCGUCACUCGUGCAAUUCUGAGUUUCGAUCUCAACUUCUACAUCCCUAUCCAGCGCACGACGGAGAACAUGGAAACGGCGCACGCUCGCAAUGCGGUAUUGGAACAGAAAUUCUACUUCCGCAAAGAUCCUUUCUCCCGUCGCAGACAGAACCAACAUUCGUCGAGUGGUAGCAACGUCUCGUCUGCCGCGUCAUCUACUGAUAACACGCCACCUGCGUCGCCGUCGCUGAGCCCAGUGGAGUCGGAAUACGAACUCAUGACUAUUUCCGACAUCAUUAAUGGCUCUGCUGAUGGGUCCUUCCCCGGGCUAAUCCCGCUGGUCGAGUCAUACUUGAACAGUGUCAAUGUGGAUGUUGAGACUAGGUGUUCUUUGGCCAGCUACCUCGAAUUAAUACGCAAGCGUGCAAACGGCACUCUCUGGACAGGAGCCAAAUGGAUUCGUGAGUUUGUUGCUUCGCACCCGGGAUAUAAGCAAGACAGCGUUGUUUCUGAGGAAAUCUGCUAUGACCUGGUCAUGGCCGUGGACGAGAUGACACAGAAGGAGGGCAGGAACGGUACUGUUGGGUGGGAACUUCUCCGGGGCAAGAGGAGCUGAAAACACCCCAGGAAACCCCUUUGCAUAUAGAUGUAGAUAGCAUGCUCUUUAUAUACUCCCUGACUUUGUGAAUACAAGUACAUACAGCCCCC